UGUAUAUCUAGGUGGCUCUCUCCUGGAAUCGCCAAGACAUCAGUUUCCUAUCGAAAACUUGCGCUACCUUUCCAAAAGCUUCCAGAAAGUCAAAAGAACACUCCCAUCGAACACUACCUCAAUCGUCAGCGUACCAUCCUCUACGCCACCCUCACUGCAACACUCCAUCAUGGAGGAAGUCAACGACCCUUUCAACCUCACAUCCCGACGACGCGAAGACGUAACAAAAGAACAAAUCAAGAACGAUUACCCACAAGGCGAUGCACGCUUGCUUCGGAAGUUCUAUACCCGACAAAAUAAGCUUAUAGACCAGUUUCUUGGCAUCGAUGAUGAAGAGAGGGCCCAAGCUGAAGAAGAGGCUCGUGUGGCAGGCAAGAUCAAGUUUGCAGUUAAUGCAUCCUUUGUAGUCAACUUUUGCCUUUUCGUCAUUCAGUUGUAUGCGGCUAUCUCGACGGGAUCUUUGGCGCUAUUCGCUACAGCAGCAGAUGCGUUUGUAAGUAACAGUCGCUUGUUAAGCGAUGUGUUCUAACGUUGACGCAGAUGGACCUUGUUUCUUCUUUCGUGAUGCUCAUUACCUCUUGGCUGGCGGCUCGACCAAGCAUCUACAAAUAUCCUGUUGGUCGAACGCGGAUUGAAACCAUUGGAGUCAUCCUUUUCUGCGCCCUCAUGACAACGGUCGCGGUCCAGCUUCUGAUCGAAUCAGCCAGAACAUUGGGCACCGGCAAGACCGAGUCUGAGGAGCUUCACCUGAUACCAAUUAUAUUUGUUUGCGUCGCUAUCUUCAGCAAGGCAUCUCUCAUGCUGUAUUGCAUGACUUACCGAAAGUAUCCAUCGGUUCAUGUGUUCUUUAUUGACCACCGUAACGACAUUGCUGUCAACAGCUUUGGCCUCAUCAUGUCGGUCGUAGGUGACAAGUUCAUCUGGUAUCUGGACCCUAUCGGUGCUAUCUGCAUCGCACUUCUGAUCCUUUUCUCAUGGAUCUCUAAUGCCUUUGAACAAAUAUGGCUACUAGUCGGCAAGGCCGCGCCCCAAGAGUUUAUUGCCAAGUUGAUCUACAUGAGCAUAACGCAUGAUGACCAGAUCUCUAUGGUCGAGACAUGCCGCGCGUAUCAUGCUGGGCAAAAGUAUUAUGUCGAGGUAGAUAUCGUCAUGGAUGAGCAAACAUCUCUCAAGAUCAGCCAUGAUGUUGCUCAGUCACUGCAGCGAAAGAUUGAAGGACUUGGUGAUGUUGAGCGGGCAUUUGUUCACGUCGAUUAUGAGUGUGAGCACAGCAUCCAUGAAGAGCACAAGCCACUUUAUGAUAGAAAGUUGUAAUUUACGGCAAAUAUGAGCGAUCUUACACUGUUCAGCCAUGUGAUGGAAGGAAUAUCUACUGGACUUAUAGCUUUCCCUAAUGUACUCCUAUUUUAUAUUCCCUUGUGUAAAUAGC